AUGACCGUCGCGGCGCCUUGUCCCGCUGGGCGCCGCCCGGGAGACACACAUCCCUUUCCGCAUCAUCCGCGGGUCAGUCAGUCUCCGUCUUCCCUCUCUCCGUUUCCGCCUGCGUCUCCGCUCUCUGCGUCUUCGUCUUCUUCUUCCGGCACCGCGCGGGGCAUGGCGGGGAACUCGCCCGCGUUCUCCUCUUCUCUUCCAGCUCGGGCUGCUUCGUGCGGCUCGCUGAAGUCCUCGAUGGAUGCGUUUGCCGCGUCUCAGUUUUCUGCGCCCAGCUUGCCUGCGGCGGCCGCUGGCGGCGCUCCCUCAGUUUUGGCUGGAGGAGCACUUCGACAGGGCGACUACUCCGAGCUGGGGGCCACCGCCCGAGGACGCGCGCCGCGGAGUCUCCGCGCCUCGCUGCCUGACGGGCGACGGAGACUCCUUCUGGUCGCCGCUGAGGCCCGAAGAUUCGCGCAUGCAGCAGCAGCCUUCGCAGCCGAUCAUGCGCGAGUCUCGCUGCGCGACGAGAGCUGGAGAGGGGAAGGCGCGCCGCAAGCAGAGGCCGCGCGUCAUGAGCCGCAAAUGUGCUCCCGUGAAGACGCGCAAAGGCUUGGAGGAGAAUGCGGAGCUUCGCAAGAAGAGGACGCGGAUGAAGAUGCGGUUGUCUCCCGCGCGAAGGCCAUCCAGCUUCUGCUCGCUCUCCGAGCCGCACAAGUGACUGUCGAGGAGACACUGGCGUGGAUAACCGAGGGUGAAGACGGCCGGGCGCCUCUCGCCGCAGAGAUUGCAUUCUGCGAACAAACUCUCGAGGCGCUGCAGGAGGCUGGCGAGGCUCUGCUGCGCGUUCCGCUCCUCGCUCACCUCGGGGUGCCUCUCUACGCUGCCUCGGGCGAGGCGGAGCCCACGCCUCCAAAGGAUGUGCAGCCGUUGGCUGUCGCUUCGGAGGUCGCUGAAGGAGAGGCGCCAUUCGAAUUGACCGACGCAGUUCUGGAGCUCUGGGCGGCGGAAGGUCUGAGCACAGACGACGAGGAGGAUCGAGGCCGAGAGGCUGCAAGAGCCGCGCCUGCUAGUCUUGAAGAGGCACACAGCGAGCUGGGUUCGGCAGCGACAGCUGAAGAAAUUAGAGGUGACCGCGCAAAAGAGCCUGAGCAUGCCCUAUCUAAAGCAGAAAGCGGCAGCAUGCUUGUAGGUCCUCGGGAUAUCCGGCCUGCUGCUCCUGCCUUCUACGUCAGCGCUCCAGCGCAGACCCGUCAUCCUGCAGACGCGGCGCGGGUCGAACGCCAGGCUCUUUUAGCGCCCGCCGCAAGUCGACGCGGCGCGCACGGCAGCAUGCGGCUUCGGCGGAGGCACCAGGGGACCUCAAAAGGGGCGAGGGCCGGCGGGACGGGCGGUUUAGCAGAAGGAAAAGGCAAAGAGGAGGAGGGACUGGAACAGGAACUUCUUGAUUUUGCACACGUGAUGAAAGAAGAAGCAACCCGUUACGGCGAAGUCAUCCAGCGGGAUCGCGACCGCCUCCAGCGCACAGGCGAGGCGCAGCAACGCCACUUGGACAGGACGCAUGUUGCGGUCAAAGACACAAAGAGCUUGAUUUACGGUACUGGUUUCGGCUUCUUCUACGCCAUGAUUCUACUCGUCAUAGGUUGCAUCCUUUUUACUCUUGUCGUCUCCUUCAUUCUCUUUACUCCAGGGUGA